AUGGAAAAUUCAACAAUUCAACAAAAAGUGGCAACUACUACUGCUUCAGUACUGAUCACAAAUGCAAAUCAAAAUGCUGAAAUUCAUCAAAUAUUGGAUCAAGAAGCUGCAAAUACUUUGUAUUCUGGAAAUCAACAUAGAGAGUUGGUAAUUAGCAUCAAAGAAAUGGUUCAAAGUUGCUUGGACCCUCCCUUAUCAGCCAACGAGUGUUGUAUCUACAGGAUUCCAGCUAACCUUCGCAAAUUGAAUGAGGAAGCCUGCACUCCUCAGGUUAUAUCGAUAGGACCUUUCCACCAUGGCUGCAAAAGAUUAGAACUCAUGGAAAAGUUGAAACUAAAAUAUUUUCAAAGAUUCUUGCAACGGACUAGCUUCAACGUGGAGAGUUUAGUAAAUGCCAUAAAGCUGCAUGAAGAAAGAGUGCGUGGUUGUUAUGCAGAAACCAUCGAGUUUAGCAGUGAUGAUUUCGUGAAACUAAUUUUGAUGGAUGGAAUCUUUAUUAUUGAAUUUUUCUACAGAGAAGGGUUCCAAGAAUUAAGUAGUGUUAUUCGUGAGAACCAUAUACUAGUAAACUCAAUAUCGUGGCAGGCAAUCAAUAUGGACUUGAGGUUACUUGAAAAUCAACUUCCUUUCUUUGUUCUUGACAUAUUAUUCAACCUUGCAUAUGCACCAAAUGAUGAGUCAGUGCAUCCUUCCCUCACUUCGCUUGUAAUUGAGGUCUUUGGCACCUUUCAAGAUCAUAAAUUCCCUAGAAAUUAUCUUGAAGUGCAACCCAUUAGACACUUUAUUGAUUUGACCAAAGCAUUUUUCGUUCCAUCAUCUAGAAAGCUAUUAAAGUCACCACCUGAAAGUAAUGAUCUUGGGAGAUCAACUGAUCAUUUAUAUAUUGCAAGUCAGUUGUACGAGGGUGGAGUAAAGUAUAAGCUUAUAAGAUCAUGCAAAUGCUUACUUGACCUGACAAGACACUUGAGAAACUUGGUUGGUUUGGCUAGAGCAUUUUUCCUUCCAUCAUCCAGAAAACAAGUGCUAUCAGAUGAAAGUAAUGAUCUUCCUAAUGCUAAUCAUUUAUGUACUGCAAGCCAGUUGUACAAUGCUGGAGUGAAGUUUAAGGUGAGCUCAAGCAAAUGGUUAGUUGACUUGACAUUCACCAACGGAAAUUUGGAAAUUCCACGCAUUUAUCUUGAUAAUGAUACAGAAACUAUUUAUCGAAACGUCAUAGCAUUUGACCAAUGCCAUUAUCCACUAGAUUCACAUCUUACAGACUACAUUGUGCUAUUACAGUUUCUAAUCAACACUCCCAAAGACGCGGAAUUACUUAUUAGAAAAGGAAUCAUCAUUAAUUGGCUUCCCAACAGCGGUGCAGUGGCAUCUCUUUUCCAAAAUCUGGACACGAAUAUAUUAUAUCAUCCUAGUACCUCUGCUUAUCGUGGUUUGUUUCGAGAUUUGAAUGCAUUCUAUAAUAACACUAAGCAUACUUGGAAGGCUACAUUGAAACGUGAUUAUUUCAGCACUCCUUGGAAAAUAACUUCUACUGCAGCUGCUGUUACCUUAUUGCUGCUCACUCUCGGACAAUUUAUAUGCUCCAUCAUCCAACUUGUGAAGAUGUGA